AUGUAUAGUGAGAGUCAACAAAUAAUUCUUGGUACAUUCAAUAUGCAUACAACAGCAAUAAACGAUGCACAACAGCGUCUCAUUUAUUAUAAUGUUACUGAUUUAGAAAUUGAUAUACCAUUAAAUACAAAAUAUUCAAACAGUCUAUCUCCUUUUACAUCAUAUCAAAAUAUUGAUUCUCUCUCAAUUCUAAUGAAACGUUUGAGAACCAGUUUAUGGAAUACUGUGAUUAAACUAAUUGGUAUCUAUUAUAAUGAUGAUAAGAAAGAAUAA